AAUAACUGUAUCGUUAGUAUUGUGGAGUACGCGACAUCGUUCGGUCGAGUUUUGCAACCAGUGCUCGCGGGAUUGUACGCUAAUCGUGCGCGUGGCGUUUUUUCUUCUUCUCCGCUUACCUCAUAAUCUCAUCUCCCUUCAACCGGUGUUUGCAUCGUAACCAGGGGUAGGAGAAGGAAAGGGUGUCUUGCACAAUAGCUGCAAAUUUAUCGUUGUCCACGGCUGCGGUUGCAGGCGGAAUGGAGUGUUGUUUGUUCGGUGUUUGCGAGUUGUGUUCGUGAAUGGUAAAGUCACUAGAACGGAGCUAACUGGGGCGACGCUUAUUGUGUGUCCCUUGGUUUGGCCCUCGCAUUCCCUGUCUUGAAAGAAUUCCUGAAAAUCAAAUGAAGAAAAAUGUUUUGAUCCACUGCUUGCUUAGUACGGAAUAAGAAGUUGGUUGUUCAUGUUUUACUGUUAUAAAGAGUCUAGAGUGUCUUGCUGAUCGAAUUGUCCCGUGCAGACAGUCUAUAUUCUAGCGGAGUAAAGUUGAUGUGAGAGGAAGCUGUGUCGUGUUCUGACAAAACCAGUAAAGUUUAGAGAAAAAAUCUGCCAAAUUCAUCAAAAUACGCUCGUAUUUGUCACUCGCCGGUUUUAUGUGGGGGCGGCCUGAUAGGCUCGUGCGGGUGCAGUGUGUCAGUGGUACGGUGAGGGAGGACAGACAGACAAACGAAGAAAACAGAAAAAUAUGUUGCGAGUAUAGAGCAAGUGAGUACUAAGACAGAUUGAGAAUAAGUAAAGCUGGUUGCGCGAGAGAUUCUCCGCCAUCGGAGAAUAACGGUGGGAGCCAAAUAUUCGCAUGAAUGAGAAUUGAGACGGAGCUACGGUUCCCACGUUGGGGUCUAGUUGAUGAGAGUGUGGAAUGUAAGCUGUUUUGUAAAACGGAUAAGUCGCACUACACAAAAACUCGAAAUCAAGGCCCGCGAAAGCUAGCCAAAGUUUUCGGUAUUCGGUAUUUCGACUUGCAGUGAGUAUAGUAAGCAGUGCCCGGUCAUAAACAACAACGGUGAGCUGAACAGCAGAAAAAAAACUAAAAACAGACCCAUCGAUAACUUUAUCACACUUAUGCAAAUUAGUUCGGGUCGGUCAAAACGGGAAACACCACUAAAUUGGGCCUCAAAUUCCAACCCGUUUGAACAUAUGUUUCAGUGAUCGCAGUGCCGGUGUGGGAGCCCGCAGCUCUCGCAAGCAGUCGCCCCGUUGUUGGCUCUCGAUCGUUCUCUGCAUCCACUUUUAUUGUUUUUGUUUUGCUUUCGUUUGCUCCCGUGCGUCGUCGGUCCGGUCGUCAUAACUCGGUGGAAGUGAAGUUGGGUUAGGGUUGGAGUUGCGAUUGAAACCGUGUUUAAUACAUGCUUUAGCCGUACUGCAGCACCUCUUACGAAACCACGCCGUAAGUCGCGCCAGCGAAUAAAGAAGCAGAAAUGUGCAGUGUAAGCAAAUAGUCAAGAAGGUGGUUUGAAUCAAAACAAAAGCCUAUGAACGAAACUGGCGUGAAAAAGCGGAAAAUGUGCCGAAAGGCGAUAAAAAGCAGAUCAUGCAGCGAAGGCGUAUAAACAAACGCCAAUUGAGGAAGGAUUGCGAAAAUAAACAACGGAAAGCAAAACAAAACAAUACAUAAGCCAAGCAAAUAGUGAUGCUUUUCCGACUGUAAGCGCCGAGAAGACGUACUUCGUAUCCGCACGAGGAAAAUCGAUCUCGAUCGUACGGCCAAAGCUGUGGUGUAUUUGUGCGAAAGGUGCUGUUCUUCACGUAAAUCGGGGUAGGGAGUAUGCGCGCGCGGUGUAAGAAGAUGCGGUGGCCUUCGUAGCGACUCGAUUGUAUGGCAAAAGGAGAUAAGUUUCAACCAGUCUACCAGGCCAGCCAGCCAGUCAGCCGAAAUUGGAUUAAUUUUCAACUGUACGGUUUUCUCGGUUCCCUCGACUGGAGCGCACUACUAUUAUUGCCAGUGAAUGCCACAGAGAUUUCCAGCCGGGUUCCCGUACGGAAUUCCCCGGAACGCACCCAGCGAAGAUUUAUGAAGCCAAUUUAGCAGGCGUCACUACAACCGAAAACGAAACCGAAACGAGCGGAACGAAGAAAAACGAACAACACAAAUUUCCAACUCUCGCUUCCGACACGCCCCGAGGUUCUGCGGGAUGCACCAUACUGCACGGUACAGUGCAGCAGCGCCCAAAAACCCACCCAACAUACCAGCCGGCUGAAGCGUGCAGUGAGGUGUGAAACGGAAACUCAAGUGGAGUUAAGUGAAGUGGUAGAGAAGUGAUAGAGCCAGAGUGAGAGAGAGAGAAAGAAAAUAAUUGCAGUGCUGAAAGUGAGAACAACGUGAAAAUUGCAUCGCAAGAACGCCGCUUGGCAGAAAAAUUCCCAUAAAAUCUGCACCGGAGCCUGGGUGUGUGUGUGUUUAUGUGUGCGGGUCGGCCACUCGCCACGUUAACCGGCCGCACCUGGCACGUUCUAUCGUAAGUGUCGAACCGAACGAUGGAAAAGGUGUGAUGCCAAGGGAUAGGCUCGAAGCGCCGAAGGCCUGAUAUUAAUAUGAUAAAAAUGGUUUUAUUGUGGGUGGUAGAGAGGCUGCCAAGUUAGGGUAACUGAACGUCAAUAUAUGCGGUUUUGAAUUGUGCUUUUCAAUCACUUCUGCUACCCCUUUUCCCAUCGAUCUAAAAAUAAAUAAUGCGUUGGGAAAAUAAAUAUCAAAUUUAAUGAUGUUUUUUCCUCUCUCUCUAUGUUUUUCUCCCUAACAGUUCACUAAACCAAACCAAGCAGUUCACGUGCGUGUUGAAUCGCGGGCAAAAAUUGUGUCAGUUGUGCAAGCGGUAGUUUUUUCUCCUCACCUUCUAUUGAUGAGGUUCCGAAAGUCUGCUAAUGUGUCUCGUGAUCGUCGUUUGCUCCACUAAAAUGUUAGAUAAUUCCGGUGUGCGUUGAAAAACGAAACAAAGAAAGAAGCACGAUAGUGAAAUACAACAAAAGGCCGAAAGUGAAGAGUCUGGGAAAUUUUGAGAGCGUGAAAAGUUGGGUCCAGCCGGCAAAGAAGCGCAGCCGUAGGGAAGCUGAAAGUGAGAGGCCACGGCGGCCAGCUGUAAUUACGUUUUAGGAGUGAUGCAUUUUGCUCGUUGGCCAAACUGGUGUUUAGGUCGGUGCGUUUAAGCGACGACAUAAUUGGUGUAUGUUGUAGUCAAAUGGAAAUACUGCAUUCUUUCUGCUGUGAUGUGCUGCGGCGCUUUUGAUUCAGAUUAACAGUCACAUUGUCAUCGAGUGUGAAACGAUGCUCCUGCAGCCUGGGCCUACGCUCAGUGCUGAUCAAAUCCAGCAACAGCAGCCGCAACCGCAAUCUUCACCCCAGCUGCCGAACCCACAGACCGCAACGGCACAACCUUCACUGCAGCAGCUUCCUGUGAACUUGCUGUCCAGCCAGCAACCUUCCUCUUUAACAUCGUCCUCCAGUGCGUCCUCGACGCCACCGAUACAGGAUGUUAGCCGAUACCUGGAUAUGGCACAGGAGACCCUCAAGGAAGGUUGGACGGUGCACACAGCAAAGGAUGGGAGGCUAUACUAUUGCAACCACAUCACACGCACCGCAGGAUGGCUGCCACCAAUCGAGAACUGGAUACAAACGAUCGACCUGCCAUACGGCUGGGAAAAAGCGGUCGACCUGAAAGGCCAGCCAUACUAUAUCAACCAUCUCAACAAAACCACCACCUACGAGGAACCGGAGCGGUAUCAUUACAAUGAUUCCCCGCCGGAACCGCGAUUGGUGGUGCUCCAUCGGAGUCCCACGCUGGGCUUCGGCUUCGUGGCGGGAAGCGAAAAACCUGUGAUUGUUCGGUUCGUGACCGAAGGCGGACCUAGUGUAAAUAAGCUGGAACCCGGUGACCAAAUAUUAGCUGUAAAUGGCGAGGACGUCAAGGACGCACCCCGCGACCAUGUGAUACAAUUAGUUAGAAAUUGCGAAAAUACCGUCACGCUGCUGGUCUGCCAGCCACAGCUGUACAACGCCGUCGGCCGGAAGUCCACGCUGCUGUCGGCUGGCAAGAAGGCCAAGCUGAAAUCACGCCCCAUCCGAGUACGGUUCGCAGAGAGUGUGUGCGUCAAUGGGGCUCCACUGUUUCCGCCAUCUGCUUUCUCCCUGGGAGAUCUGUGCGUGCCUCCAAUGGCGAACGUGCUCAAAGUUUUCCUGGAAAACGGACAGACCAAAUCGUUCAAGUACGAUUCGACCACUUCUGUACAGGAUGUUGUUACAUCGCUACGUGAUAAACUAUGCCUAACCGCCAAGGAACACUUUAGCCUGGUACUGGAGCAUGUGAAAAGCUUGAAACGAAACAAAUUAACCCUUCUGGACCCACAGGAAACCGUGGCAAGGAUUGCAGCCCGGCCGGGUGCCCACAAGUUGCGAUGCCUCUUUCGGGUGACCUUCGUGCCAGUAUCGGCGGCCGCCCUAGCGCAGAGGGACCUGAACGCGUUGGACUAUCUGUUUCUGCAGUGCUGUAACGACGUGACCCAGGAACGGUUCGCCCCGGAACUGCAACCGGAAGUGGCUCUCCGGCUUGCUGCGCUUCAUAUGCACCAGCAUGCGCUCGCAAACAACAUUUCCCCCGCUAAGCUGACAGUGAAAACUGUUGAACGAGAGUUUGGACUGGAUCGUUUUGUGCCUGCCUCCUUGAUUGACGGAAUGAAACGCAAGGAGCUCCGACGCCUUCUGGGACAUUUCCUAAAGCUGAACUCCCAGAUGACGGGUUCCUCGACCAAGAUGCUAACGCAACUGCAGGCGAAAAUCCAUUAUCUGGAUAUUAUUUCCGGACUGCCGAGCUACGGUGCGAAAUGCUUCAGCACGAAUCAGCGAGACGGUGUGGAACGGGUCCUGCUAGUUAGUCCUCGCUUCGGCCUUAGCCAGAUUGCUGGCGUGCGGAACACGGUGCCACAACCCAUCUGCAUCCUCGAGGAUCUCACUCGUGUCGUGGUGACCCGCGAUGAUGAUGUGUCCAACACGGUAACCGUGUUCAUCAGUCCGGACCGAGUAAUCACCUUCUCGAUGGAGGAUCGUGACGCCUGUGAGUUCGCUAUUGUGCUUGCUGGUUACUAUCGACUAAUGGCCGGUAAAGAGCUACCACUGGAACAGGAACGUGAAACUGCAGUCGAAGAAAUUGCGCCGCCUUAUCUGUCGCAGCACACUGUCCUUCAUGCCCCCUGGAGUUAUCUUCCAUCUGAGAAGCAAACCCACAGUAUGGCGUUCCUAAUGCCACCGCCGUACCACUCGAGUAAAACGGUGCAGAUUCCUUCAAAAUCGGACGAUUGCGAUCGGAAUGUGAACAACACUUUGACGUCGAACAAGAACCUCAAGUUAGCUGGUAGCGAUGAGUACGGAUUCGAUAUGUUUAAUCCUCGAUUCUCCCGAGAUGGGCUAGAACGAGGAAUCGGUGGCUCACUGAAACUUCACACUUCAGAAGCUCGGAAUGAGGAGGUUCUUAGGAGGGUAGCAGAAAUGCACAAAAUGGUGGAAAGCUCCGAAAGCUAUCUGAACGAACACGGUGAAUACUGUCACGAGUUUGACGUACGACCCGGCAAAUUGAAUCUCUGGCGUGAAACAUCCGUCGAUGUGGAGAGUGAUUGCGAAAGUUUGAAUAGUAGUAAACAAUCUUCGAAUGAAGAUGCACCAGGCAUUUUGAAGCACAGUGAUUCUCUUACUCUGCUUACCGAAACUAUCAAUCAAGGGCUUGAUGGUAUUGCCAAAGGACUGAACUCAAUAUAUACGGCUCCUUUCAGUGAAGUAAAUGGACAGCUGGAUAACAAUUCGGCCCAAAGCACACCAAAAAGUCAACGAAAAGUUCAGGGACUGAGUCAAAUUCUGAGCGAUUUACAAGCAUUAGGAAAUGACUUAUCCCAGAGUGAGAGUGAUUCCGAAUCGUUAUAUACACCCAACAGUUCUCCAAUUCACAAAAAUCCAAACCAAUUGCCUCAGAGUAGCCUAAGAAACAAGACUUUACGAACGAGCUUUGGGCUGCACAGUCCUGACAGUUCGAUUCUUGGUUGUGAAACGAAAGAUAUGAACCUGAAAGAAUAUCUUCGACAAUUGAAGGAAGCUAGUAACAGUGAUAACGUGGAAAAUACCGACCUUGCGGCGAAGAAAAUUGCCGAACUUUAUGGGUAUGAAAUAGGAGACGAAUCUAUUAUUGAAACGGAUCCUGACAUUAUAGAUCUUCGAUCGAUUCCACCUCCCCAAACUCCCGACGAAUUGGACAACUUGAAUGUCCUUAACGUUCCGCCAACAGGAUUUGACGACGUGACCAAUUCAGCCCUUACAGCUAGCAACGAGACUACGACCACCGUCGAUAACGUAGUUGGCGAUCUGGAGGAAUUCUUGAAAAAGGUAACAAUAGAGCCCCCAACUAAAAAGAUCACACCUGCCGUAGAAUUGACCCCAGAGGAAAUUUUGUCGUACAUCAUCCCUCCUCCGCCAGGAUUAGGCGACAUCGACCCAGGCACAAAGCAACCCACUUCACUAGCACAGAAAAACAACCUCCCUAGUAUCCAGAAUCCAGUCAACAGCAACAGCACCAAUACCAAGAAUCACAACCAAACUUCAGCCUUUGAGCUUCCGGUGCCAAAGCCGAGAAUCAGCACCGAAACUAAUUCCAUCAAUCUGUUAGCCAAAUACGAUAAAUCUCGGUUCGAGGUUUACUAUCCACCCGAGUUGCGAGAGCAGAAAUCCACAGAGUAUGAUCUGUAUAGUAACUCCGCAGCGGCAAACGCGAACGAGUCUGAGAAAGUCAACGGACAUGUCAUCGAAUAUCCAACAGUAGACAGAAAAGGACCAUUCUCCUGCUGUUCAAAAUCAAAGAAAGAGAAGACUGAUGAACCCACUGGCGGACCAGUGUCCAACGGUAUAAAAAUCUUCGAAGCGAAAGCCGAAGAGCUAGCCCUUCCACCAAAGCGAUGUCCGCACAAUUCAGAGUCUAAUCCUCCCGAGCGUCCGCCAAAAAGUGCCGACCUUCAACUCAAGCUUCACUCUCCGCUUCGUUCUCCAAACUAUGCAAAAACGAACGGUAAUACCAGAAGCUACUAUGAAAUGGAUCCCCCCUCACUACCACCCCGGUUCGAGAAACAAUCCACCUCUCCUCCACCGGUGAAUCUCUCCACGUUGCCACCAAAAAAACCUCCCCUACCUCCGGUCCCGUUGAAGCCAUGCAUACGUAGUCCCGUUCCGAUUCUCAAGAAUCCUGUAACGUACACACUGACCAGCUCCGCUAACAAUUCACCAAUCAGAACGGCUGGUAUUGGUUCCCCUCAUUUACACCGUAAUCCAAACUGUUAUAGGGAAAUUGAACGAGCUUUCAACCGAGAUGAUCUAUCCGAUAAACCUCCGCAAUCACUGUCACCGACACCUAUGAAUCGUCAGAAUGGACACUACCGCUCACACAGUGACUGUCCACCAGUCUGUCUGAAAACCCCUCCGGCAGAGAAUCGGCCGCAGCUGUCACUUCUCUGCUCACCGCAAAUGUCCCGCAAGACAACUGUCAGCAAUCCGAGCAGCCCAAUCCUUUCGAACAAAAAUGGUCACGUGCUGAACGUUGAUACGCUGAUGGCAAAGACGGACGUUGCCAUGGCCGGUUUGCUAGUCAAGUUAGACCAGGUGGCAGCCAUGUGUUCCGCCGCACAGACAGCCGGUGGAGGCACUAGCAUCGACGAGGACAAAUUCCAGCAGGCCAAAGACGAGCUAACCGACCAGUCGCUCCAUCUGGUGACGGCCUCGAAACACCUAGUGGUAUCGAUGUCCGAUGCCAACCUGACCAACCUGCCGGAACAUCUGACGGCAUGCCUUACGUCGUUGCGUAGAAUCACCGAACUGGCCCAGGAUCUCACCCGGUACACCUCGGCGCCACUGCAGACACGAAACAUCGUACUGAAGAUUCACGAUGUCGCUUCCAGCUUCCGAGAGCUAGCGUGCGUUAGGGUCGGUCCACUAGGGGCUGGCCAGUUGGCCCUGCAUGCCGAAUGUCUGGCGAACGUGCUGGCAACACUGCUGCGCAGUUUGCGCGUAUUCUCCCCCUAGGGGAGGGGGAUAGGGGCCUGCUGCGGGUGUAAAUAGAAUUGUUAUGCUGUUUGUUUUCUGUUUCUUAUUUUCUCGCUUCGCGUUUUGUAUAGUAUGAGUUAGAUUAAUUGUUACUGUUUUAGUGAAUUAGAUGAUAAGUUUACUCUGCAUUAGUGCGCUGGUAGAUUACGGUUGUUAUUUAUUACAAAAGCGUUAUGUGUCGGCAGCACACCGACGAUAUGGGAACUACUUGAAAGGACAUUUGUGGCUUUGGCCCGAAGGCGUUUCGGAAAAAUUGCAGGUUUUCAUUCCAUUUUGAUUUUACUGUUUUGUUUUUUUUUUGGUUUUUUUUUU